AUGUCUCUCCAUGCAGUAGCUCUAGCCAGCUACAGCAGCACAGAAGUCUUCAAGCACCGCUGCUCUAAAAAGUUAAACCACGAAAGCCUAAAGGUGGCUUUCACCGAGUCAGCGUAUUCUUCAAAUGCCUCAGUGAGGAUUAGCUGCCUUGCUCCAACACCUCAAAUCUCCGUUCUCUCAGAUGAAUACUCAAGGCCAGCAGUGAUUGGACAUGCUGGAAGUUUUGGAUCCUACCCAGACAGUGCUGAAGCUAUCAGAGACAUUCUCAUGUCUGUUUUAAAUGCAUCUGGUUUGAAGCCCUCUUUGAUGCUGGAGCAGACCACAAUGCAGAGAGCUGAGCAUCCUGACAGUGACAUGGAACAGUGGGAAGAAAGCAGCGCUGGGGAUAGCAGAGAUGACAGCGACAGCGAUUCUGCACAUCACAAUGCUGCCUGUACACAAACAGACAUUCGGUUUACAAGGCACCAGGCGUGUUGGGACAACACACGCUGCGAUUCCUCUAAACCUUCACUGGGUGCUUUCUUUUGUCCCUGUUACUCUGACGGGGAUCCUGCUGCUUCCUCCUUGAAUGGUUUCACUCUUUCAGAUGUGUCCCCUCUGAAGCGGGACUGCUUUACCCAGGUGACGUUAACAGGAGGCACUGUCACAUCAACUGUUGUGCAUUCUGGAGAAGAACGUUAUACCUCCCCUGAGCAAGACUUGACUUUCACAAGGUUUCUUUCCGAUUCAACUGUUGGUAAGCCAGCAGAUCUGUUGAAAUACCCCGAUGCUUUGGAGCCUGUGCCCAUCAGCAACAGUGACAGCAGUUCUCCCAGUGGACAUUCCCAGUCAGAGCCAGUCAAUCGAACAGGUUCUACUUCUUUGAACGUAAGUGCUAUAGCCUUGAAUCGUUCGUUGCAGGACAUCUGCAUGCUUCCAGAAGAUGUGGAGAAGGAAAACGCACACUUUUUUGUUGCAGAUAUGAUUAUAGCAUCACUAGAAAAAAUGAAAUGUAAUAUCCUAAGCCAACAAGCAGAGUCCUGGGGUGUGGAGGAAACAAGUGGAUCAGAUGGCAGCUAUCACACUGAUUCAGAGUUACCUUCUUACCCUGGAGUGAAGAAGUCUGAUUCUUCUGUUGCCUCUUCAGACAGUGGUUAUGAAGGCUGUGCGGUGCUGCCUGUCAGCUCCCCAGUGCAUCUACCAUCACAUCAUGAGGUUACCAGAUUUCAUUGCCACAGUGACUCAGAGGAUGAAUAUGUAAUUAUUG